AAGCAGAAGAUGCAUUUGUCAACAAGGAGAAGGUGCAGAAGGAGAUAAAAGCUGCACUAUCAGAAAACGCCACGCUGAGCUGUGAGGUGGCCCAGGAGAAGACCGAUGUGAAAUGGUACAAGGAGGGCAAACUGAUCACCUUGAGCAAGAAGUUCAAGGUGGAGUCGGAGGGCAAAUCGCGUCGCCUGGUGGUGGGUCAGGUGGAGAAGAAAGAUGCUGGGGAGUACACCUGCGAGGCUGCUGGCCAGAAAAUUGCCUUCAAGAUUGUUGUCACAGAAGCAGAGGAAGCAUUUGUCAACAAGGAUAAAGUGAAGAAAGAAGUAAAAGCCGCACUAUCAGAAAAUGCCACGCUGAGCUGCGAGGUGGCCCAGGAGAAGACCGAUGUGAAAUGGUACAAGGAGGGCAAACUGAUCACCUCGAGCAAGAAGUUCCAGGUGGAGUCGGAGGGCAAAUCGCGUCGCCUGGUGGUGGGUCAGGUGGAGAAGAAAGAUGCUGGGGAGUACACCUGCGAGGCUGCUGGCCAGAAACUGACCUUCAAGAUUGAUGUCACCGAUGAUGCCUUUGAACACAAAGACAAAGUGCAAAAGGAGGUGAAGGCAGCGCUGAAGGAGAACGCCACGCUGAGCUGCGAGGUGGCCCAGGAGAAGACCGACGUGAAAUGGUACAAGGAGGGCAAACUGAUCACCUCGAGCAAGAAGUUCAAGGUGGAGUCGGACGGCAAAUCGCGUCGCCUGGUGGUGGGUCGGGUGGAGAAGAAAGAUGCUGGGGAGUACACCUGCGAGGCUGCUGGCCAGAAACUGACCUUCAGGAUUGAUGUCUCAGAAGCAGAAGAUGCUUUCAUCAACAAGGAGAAGGUGCAGAAGGAGGUAAAAGCUGCACUAUCAGAAAAUGCCACGCUGAGCUGUGAGGUGGCCCAGGAGAAGACCGAUGUGAAAUGGUACAAGGAGGGCAAACUGAUCACCUCGAGCAAGAAGUUCAAGGUGGAGUCGGAGGGCAAAUCACGUCGCCUGGUGGUGGGUCAGGUGGAGAAGAAAGAUGCUGGGGAGUACACCUGCGAGGCUGCUGGCCAGAAACUGACCUUCAGGAUUGUCGUCACAGAGCCAGAAGUUGUGUUUACAAACAAGGAGAAGGUGCAGAAGGAGGUAAAAGCUGCACUAUCAGAAAAUGCCAUGCUGAGCUGCGAGGUGGCCCAGGAGAAGACCGAUGUGAAAUGGUACAAGGAGGGCAAACUGAUCACCUCGAGCAAGAAGUUCAAGAUGGAGUCGGAGGGCAAAUCGCGUCGCCUGGUGGUGGGUCAGGUGGAGAAGAAGGAUGCUGGGGAGUACACCUGCGAGGCUGCUGGCCAGAAACUGACCUUCAAGAUUGAUGUCUCAGAGCCAAAACCUGCAUUUAUAAACCAGGAAAAAGUCCAGAAAGAGGUGAAGGCUGUACUGACAGAAAGUGCCACACUCAGCUGUGAGGUAGCACAGGAUGCAACCGAAGUGAAAUGGUACAAGGAUGGAAAGCUGCUUGUUUCCUCUAGAAAAUUCAAAAUAGAAACUGUGGGCAAUACGCGACGCCUGGUUGUAGAGCAGCUGGAGAAGAAGGAUGCUGGAGAAUAUGUCUGUGAGGCUGCAGGCCAGAAGCUGACCUUCAGGUUGGAACCAACUGAACCAGAGGCUAAAUUUGAAAAGAAAGCUGUCCAGAAAGAGCCUCUCAUUGUUGAAGAACAUGAAAGUAUCACGUUGACUACAUCAGUAACCCCUGAAACUGCUACAGUGAAGUGGUUCAAGGAUGGAACAGAAAUCAAGGCAAGCAAGAAACAUGAGAUCAAGAGCGAGGGGGCAUCCAGGACCCUGACGGUGAAGCUGGCCGAGAGCACAGACACUGCUGUGUACACUUGCCAGACAAAGAAUGACAAGCAAGAAUUCAAAGUACAGGUGAAAG